CGGCGGCGGGGGAAGGAUGCAGGGAAAGAAGCCGGGCGGCUCGUCGGGCGGCGGCCGGAGCGGCGAGCUGCAGGGGGACGAGGCGCAGAGGAACAAGAAGAAGAAAAAGAAGGUGUCCUGCUUCUCCAACAUCAAGAUCUUCCUGGUGUCUGAGUGCGCCUUGAUGCUGGCGCAGGGCACGGUGGGCGCCUACCUGGUGAGCGUGUUGACCACCCUGGAACGCAGGUUCAACCUUCAGAGCGCCGAUGUGGGUGUGAUCGCCAGCAGCUUUGAGAUCGGCAACCUGGCGCUGAUUCUCUUCGUGAGCUACUUCGGAGCACGUGGGCACCGACCGCGCCUCAUCGGCUGUGGUGGAAUCGUCAUGGCGUUGGGUGCGCUGCUCUCGGCACUGCCUGAAUUCCUUACCCACCAGUACAAGUAUGAGGCUGGUGAGAUUCGAUGGGGAGCCGAAGGCCGCGAUGUUUGUGCCACCAAUGGGUCCAGCAGCGAUGAGGGGCCUGACCCGGACUUAAUCUGCCGUAACCGGACAGCCACGAACAUGAUGUACUUGCUGCUCAUUGGGGCUCAGGUGCUCCUGGGCAUCGGUGCUACCCCCGUGCAACCCCUGGGGGUCUCCUACAUUGACGACCACGUGCGGAGGAAGGACUCCUCGCUCUACAUUGGAAUCCUGUUCACGAUGUUGGUAUUUGGACCAGCCUGUGGAUUUAUUCUGGGCUCUUUCUGUACCAAAAUCUACGUGGACGCGGUCUUCAUUGACACAAGCAACCUGGACAUCACUCCUGACGACCCACGCUGGAUCGGAGCCUGGUGGGGCGGCUUCCUGCUCUGUGGUGCCUUGCUCUUCUUCUCCUCCCUCCUGAUGUUUGGCUUCCCACAAUCCCUGCCCCCACACUCAGACCCCGGCAUGGAGAGUGAGCAGGCCAUGCUCCCAGAAAGAGAAUAUGAGAGGCCCAAGCCCAGCAAUGGGGUCCUGAGACAUCCCCUGGAGCCGGACAGCAGUGCCUCCUGUUUCCAACAACUGAGAGUGAUUCCCAAGGUCACCAAGCACCUGCUCUCAAACCCUGUGUUCACCUGCAUCGUCCUGGCUGCUUGCAUGGAGAUUGCUGUGGUGGCCGGCUUCGCCGCCUUCCUGGGCAAGUACCUGGAACAGCAGUUUAACCUCACCACUUCCUCUGCCAACCAGCUGCUCGGGAUGACGGCAAUCCCCUGUGCCUGCCUGGGCAUCUUUCUGGGUGGCCUUUUGGUGAAGAAGCUGAGCCUGUCUGCUCUGGGGGCCAUUCGGAUGGCCAUGCUGGUCAACCUGGUGUCCACAGCCUGCUACGUCUCCUUCCUCUUCCUGGGCUGUGACACAGGCCCUGUGGCCGGGGUCACUGUUCGCUAUGGAAACAAUUCAGCACGUGGCUCGCCCCUUGACCCCUACUCUCCGUGCAACAACAACUGUGAAUGCCAGACAGAUUCCUUCACGCCAGUGUGCGGGGCCGAUGGCAUCACCUACCUGUCAGCCUGCUUUGCCGGCUGCAACAGCACGAACCUCACAGGCUGUGCGUGCCUCACCACCGUCCCCCCUGAGAAUGCCACCGUGGUUCCAGGAAAAUGUCCCAGUCCUGGGUGCCAAGAGGCCUUCCUAACCUUCCUCUGUGUGAUGUGUGUGUGCAGCCUGAUCGGGGCCAUGGCGCAAACCCCUUCGGUCAUCAUCCUCAUCAGGACAGUCAGCCCUGAACUCAAGUCUUACGCGCUGGGAGUUCUUUUUCUGCUCCUUCGUUUGUUGGGUUUCAUCCCCCCACCCCUCAUCUUCGGGGCCGGCAUCGACUCCACCUGUCUGUUCUGGAGCACCUUCUGCGGGGAACAGGGCGCCUGUGUCCUCUAUGACAACGUGGUCUACAGAUACCUGUACGUCAGCAUCGCCAUUGCACUCAAAUCCUUCGCCUUCAUCCUCUACACCACCACGUGGCAGUGCCUGCGGAAAAACUAUAAACGCUACAUCAAAAACCACGAGGGCGGGCUGAGCACCAGUGAGUUCUUUGCCUCUACUCUGACCCUAGACAAUCUGGGGAGGGACCCUGUGCCCGCACACCAGACACAUAGGACAAAAUUUAUCUAUAACCUGGAAGACCAUGAGUGGUGUGAAAACAUGGAAUCCGUUUUAUAGUGACUACAGGAGGGCUGAACUCUGUAUUUGUGAACAAAUUGUCAUUUUUUUUUUCUUAAAAAAAAAAAGGAAAAGAAAAGAAAGAAAAAAUGGUUUUGAAAACAGACAUGCACACUCACACACGUACAUGCUCACACGCACACAGGCAUAGACAUAAGACCUUUGUCCUUUUUCUAAAAACUCAGAGCCAGUCAGGAUUCAGAAUAAAGAGAGGAUGGGCUGGCCCUGGAGGACAUGCACACUGCUGGGCUCAGAAUCUGCUUGGAAGGCACCUCAUGGUUUUCACGAUGCCGACCGCUACAAGCAAGAGGCACUGCCAAAAUUCAGGGAACACUUGUGGCCAGCUUGGAGGACGGACAUGUCUGGAUAUGCAUACACAUACAAAAAAAAGGCAUUAACAAACGAGUCUACUAAAGUCACAAGUUCAAGUUGAAAACAUUGCCAGAUUAAGCACUAGAGACACCCUCUCCCUCCAGUGGGGAGUGUGUUGGGGGGUUACAGGUUGGAGGGGUAGGAGCCCCACUCCUCUUUCCAACUUUUGCAAUAUGGGUCACUGUGUAGACCACUCACAAAGUCUACAUGUGGUUCGAGCCCCCAGAGUUCUCUAAGAGAUACUGAUGGGUGAUCCGCACUGGAGUCUGUGGUUGGCACCUCUCACCAGCUCCAUUUCCAUGUUCAAGACUGAGGGCCCAAGGGGGAGCUGGGUGGGGAGCAUGUACCUCCCCACCUCCUAACACCUCCUCCCUACCAGCCCCACAGUGUGACCUCAGGAAGCUGUGGGCCUCACCUGGCUAUGACUGACCCGCUCAGAGCCGGUGAGCGCCAAUAUAGCCCAUGUCAUUUGCUUACAUUUGCCAAACAUUUUGCCAUUUUUUUUUCAAAAACAACAACAAAAAUACAAAGUGUACGAAUUUCCAACUGUUGUGUGU